GUUCGUGAUAUUUUAAUUUUCGUACCAUAAUUGUCACAAUCAAAUAAUUAUUAUUACGUGUAAAGAAUAUAAACUAUAACAUAUACUUAACUUGCAUCUAUUUAUAUGUUUUGAAGGUUAGGUAUUUAUAAGUAUUUGUUUUUUAUUCAAUUAAAUAAAACAUUGUAAAUAAUAUUAAAUUAAAUAAGAUUAACAAUAAAGAAUUAAAUAAAAGAUAUUUACUUAAUUUUAUAAUGGAUAAGAAAAGCGAAAAAGUAAUACCAGGUGAUGGUUUACGAUCUUUAAAGAGUACAAUGUUAUUUCGUACAAUUAAUUAUGAAUUAUAUGUUAAACCGAAUAAAAUAAUAAUGAUUUUUGGAACCAUUGCAAUGUUUGGUUGUGUAGGGUAUAUUGUUUAUAUGCAACAUAAUUAUAAUAAUAAAAAAUACUAUUCUGUAAUUAAUUCUAAUGGAACAAUUGAUUUUAAAAAGAAAAUAUCAAAAUGGACAAUGUAAUUUACAUAU